AUGGCUCCCUGGCCCAACGAAGUGGGCUCUUCUGCCUUUCUGCGUCCACGCGACCCCGCAACGGCUUCGAAUCAAGCUCGAUCACCAGCGAAUGCUCGUCAGCAUCUUCAGCCCGGGUCUACAAGCGGUCAUGGUAGCAGUAACCGCGAAAGGAGCCGAUAUCGAAGCGCUUCUCGAGUGCCCGAGUUAGAGGCCUGGGAGAACCUGCAGCAGUGCCAAAUCGAGUCCAGCUCAUCCGAUGAAGACUUACACCCUUCGCGCAACGCACAAAGACCCCGUCAUACACGCUCCAUGAGCCAUCCAUUCCCGUCACUCUUUUCAAUCAAGAAGAAGAAAUCGGGCCCCAUGACCCGCCCCGAACAUGAGUCCGAUUCUGAGUCCGGUCUCGACGCCGGACCUCUGCCGAAGUUUCGAGGAAGACCCCCACCGAGCCGUGGUCACCGCAACGGCUCUUCGGGUGGCAGCAGGGAUUACUCGACGGGCAAUUGCAUGACGUGCGGGUCGCUUGUACGAUGGCCGAGGGACCUACAUGUAUUCAAGUGCACCAUCUGCCUCACUAUCAAUGACUUGCAACCACUACCAAGGGACCGAGAUCGUGGCCAUGAUCAUAACCGGGAAAAUAGACGGGAUCAUUCACGGGGGGCGGGCGCCUCACCUGACCGGCGGCCAACAUUGUCGUCUGGUAAGGAGACCGUUUACAUCUUUCCGUUGCUGUUGCUGACUUGCUGUAGACGGUACUAUUUCUCUCGAACACACACAGUCGUUGAUUUCUCAGUUCCACCUCGCGAGCCAUCCACAAAUCCGUUCUUCAACAAUUCAACUGAAGGAAACUUCAACUCGGGCAACUUCUCGGAGCCCUAUCUCAUGGUGCGGCCACCAAGCUCUGGUAGCCCUAGUCGUAGGGCCCAGCCGAUACCCAGCAGGUCCCGGGAUCCUAGUCAGCACCGCCGACAGCCUAGUUGGUCCAACACUGUCCCCAAUACCAUAUCCGCUUCAUACCCUGAGAAACGACCUGCUCUCCAAGAGGUUUUCCCGCAGCAACCAUCUCAUCAGUAUACACCUCAACCCCCAAGUCCAGGUGGCGAAGCCAGGAGAAUAUUUCGCCCACUUGAAGACUACAUUGUCUCUUGCUUUACUUCGUUUCACUGUUUGAACUCGUCAUUCACAUCGUACCGAGGCCAUCGGCAUCGUCCUACAGUAGAGGAUGUACGGAAACAUUCAGUCGACCACAUCGAACACCGCAGGGGAUCGCAGCCAACUAUCAACCCCCAGCCCAUCGUUGACUUGGAUGCGAAGCUAUUACUCUUGGGCAACUUUGCAGAGAACGGUUCUUGGUGGACAGGUGGGCAGGAGGAUGUUGUCCCUGGAAGGUCGAGCUCUAAUAAAAGCCAAAACGGACAGUCCAUAGUCAGCUCGCGGAGUCCUCGCUUGGAAUGGGCGGAUUUAGAAGAGUGGUAUUCGGCUGUCACGGAGGCUGCUCGUUCAUGGCCGGAGGUGUAUUCGAGCUUGGUAGAAGAAGACCCAGACCUGACUGCUCCACACGCCACGCUCAUGGAGCUGGAGACCGAGAUUCUCAUUGGACAGGAGCACGCCCAACGGACUCUUCUCAAAGCCUGCGAGACGAUGCUCAAAAGACCAGGAAGGCCCAUUGUUAGCCCCGAUGACCUGCGGUUCAUCAUGAUCAUUGCUGGAAAUCCCUUGCUGCACGGAGACUAUAAGCCCUACUCUGGGGAGUUUGAGCACCCUGGCAGCGCAGGUUCGACACAGAGCAACGACCCACUGCGAGGUUCUAGUCCCACCUCUGGGAGACAUUCGGGUAUUAUCAAACGGAUUGUGGGGCUGGUGUCGAAUACUACUCCGGACUGCCAAAACCAUUUAGUUGGGUGGUUUGCAAGAUACCCGAAAAAGAUGUUUGUGCAAACCAAGGACUUGGUGUCGAGCUUCUUGGCAUAUAGGCUCAUUAGGCAAAAUGAGAAGAAGUAUGAGACCAAGGUUGACAUCACGGAUGGGUUGAUUCCUAGCAUGGGGGCUGGGAGGUCAGCGGCGAGUUUGCACGCUGCGCUUGGGCAUGGAAGAGAGAGCGGUGGGGGGGCUAAUGGGGGCCAGAAUAAUAACAAUAACAGGGGGAAGAAGAAGGAGAAGCCAAAGAGGGUGGUCUAUCAAGAUGAUUGGCAGAUCAAGGCUGCGGCGAGGGUGUUGGGGUUGCUCUUUGCGGCGAACAAUAUGGAUUAUGCGAGAAGGGGUGGAAACAUGUACGACGGUAAUAGCAUCAACAAUAACAACGGGGGUGAUGGGGUGUAUGCCAGGGGACAGAUUGUCCCCACAAGCGACUUUUACACGACGCUGCUAGACGACUCGGAUCUGGUGGGCGAUUUUGAGGCGUGGGAGAAGAAGCAGGCGAGGUUUGCGUUUUGUCAGUAUCCGUUUUUGUUGAGCAUUGGGGCCAAGAUUCAGAUUUUGGAGCAUGAUGCUAGACGGCAGAUGGAGAGUCGGGCAAGGGAUGCGUUUUUUGAUAGCAUUCUCAGCCACAGGGUGGUGAGGCAGUUUUUGACACUGAAUAUUCGGCGGGAUUGCCUUGUGGAGGACAGUCUGAAGGCUGUGAGUGAGGUUAUUGGGGGUGGUGGGGAGGAUAUCAAGAAGGGGUUGAAGAUUGUUUUCAAGGGGGAGGAAGGGGUUGAUGCCGGUGGGUUGAGAAAGGAGUGGUUCUUGUUGUUGGUGAGAGAAGUGUUUGGGAGGGAUCAUGGGAUGUUUCUCUAUGAUGAGGAUUCGGGCUAUUGCUAUUUUAACCCGAACUCGCUGGAGCCAUCGGAGCAGUUCUUUUUGGUGGGAGUGGUGCUGGGGCUUGCGAUUUACAACUCGACCAUUUUGGAUGUUGCGCUUCCGCCGUUUGCGUUUCGAAAGUUGUUGAUGGCUGCUCCGCCGCCGCCGCUGGCUGGGCAGGUGGCUCAUCAGCAGAGGCAGACGAUGAAUUAUACGCUGGAAGAUUUGGCUGAGUUUAGGCCUAGACUGGCGAGGGGGCUGAGGCAGUUGUUGGAGUAUAGCGACGAUGACCUCGAGGAGGUUUUCUGCCUGGACUUUGUGGUGGAUGUGGAAAAGUACGGGGUUGUGGAGCGGGUGCCGCUCUGUCCCGGGGGUGAGAGGAGGCCGGUGACGAAUACGAACAAGAGGGAGUAUGUCGAGUUGUACGUCAGGUAUCUUCUUGACGGGUCGGUAACGAGGCAGUUUGAGCCGUUCAAGCGGGGAUUUUUCACGGUUUGUGGAGGUAAUGCGUUGAGUUUGUUUAGGCCGGAGGAGAUUGAGUUGUUGGUGAGGGGGUCGGAUGAGGCGCUGGAUAUUGAUUCUUUGAGGGCGGUGGCGCAGUAUGAAGGGUGGGGGAAGGAGGUUGCGGAUCCGGGGGAGGACGAGCCGGUGGUGAGGUGGUUUUGGAGCUCGUUUGAACGGGCGAGCCCUAAGGAUCAGAGGAAAUUGUUGAGUUUUAUUACGGGGAGUGAUAGGAUACCUGCCACGGGGGCGGCGUCGCUGGUGGUGAAGAUUUCGUGUUUGGGGGAUGAUAUUGGGCGGUAUCCGACUGCGAGGACGUGCUUUAAUGCGCUGGGGCUGUGGAAGUAUGGGACUAGGGAGAGGUUGGAGGGGAUGCUUUGGGGGGCGGUGAAUGGGAGUGAGGGGUUUGGGUUGAAGUGA